AUGCUGGCAGCUUUAAAGCCGUGCUUACCACGGCGCCUCGAUCGUGUCCUCUGCACCGCACUGCACCCAUCCGCAGCGCACCGCGCGCUACAGCCAGUCCAGUACCGAGUCUUAGUUCUCUGGGAUCAGGCUCAGGCCGCCGUCGGAACAGGAUGGGUUCGCGGAUUCACCGCAAAUGCCGGCGGAGAUUCAGGGAACGGGAGUAAUGCAGCAGGCAAGAAGGGGGAUGUGGCUGCGGAUGCGCCGAAUGCAAGCGAGAAUGGGGAUUCUGCGAGAAGGGGCCUUGCGGCGGAAGUAGUUGCGGAAGGCGGAGGGGAAUCCGCGCGCGUGUCGGAAGCAUCAGCGGAAGGGGCGGGGGAAGCGGCGGGGGAAGCCGCCGCUAGUGAGGCAUCGGCGGAAGCGGUGGGGGAGGAAGUCGCAGCGGAUGCUGUAGCGCACGCAGGGUACCAUGGCGCCCGGCGCGGCCGCAUUAGACGUCGUGAUUCGCGCAUCAAGUCAGCCACGGAAGUCAGGGGAGCCGCUUCCGCUCCCGCCGCAGCGGCUGCUAACGCUGAGGCGGCCGCGCGUGGGGAAGGGAAUCCCGUGGUGGGGAUUGCGGGGCAAAAUGCUGGCGCGUCCGCGGAAGGCGGGGCGGAAUUUGUGAUGGGAGAAGGCGCAGCGGGGGAAGGAGCGGGCGAAGCGGGGGGGUUGGCGGAAGAGACGUCCAUCGUCCCCGCAGGUCCGCGCCCCGAGCAUUACCCGAAAGUGCUCGCGAUUCCGCUCACACGGAGGCCACUAUUCCCAGGCUUCUACGUCCCCGUUAUAGUCAAGAACCCCAAGCUGGUGGCGGCGCUGCAGGAGCUCAAGGCGCAAGGCACGCCCUACGUGGGCGCAUUCCUUGUCCGGGACGACCUCGCUGCCUCUGCUUCUUCUUCUGCCGCUCAUCCUUCACCUAGUGCAGCCGGAACAGCAGGAGCAGAGGGAGCAGAUGGGGCAAAAGGAGCAGCCACAAGCAGUAGCAGUGACAGGCGAGAGUUGGUGCCAGAGAGGAGUGAUGGCGUUGCUGAAGAGUGGGGCAGGGAGGUAGCUAGUGGAGGGGGAGUAGGGGUGGGGGGAGGGAAGCCGCAUGGGGAGGCGGAUGGAACAGGUGCAGGGGUGGGAGGGGGGCCCGGGGAGGGGGAAGGUGUUGCGGGUGGGGGUGGAGGGGAGGCGUUUAUUAAGGGAGGGGAGCUUUAUAGCAAGCUGCACGAGACAGGGACGUUCGCUCAGGUGAUGCAGGUGAUCAAGCCACUGGACGGCGACUCAGCGCAGGUGCUGCUGAUGGGGCACCGGCGACUGAGGCUGACAGGCAUGGUGGGAGAGGACCCGCUCACUGUCACCGUGGACCAUAUCAAGGAUCUCCCCUACGACAGCAACAGCGUGAUGAUAAAAGCCACGGUGAUGGAGGUGGUGAGCACGCUCAAGGACCUCGUGAGGCACAACCCGCUGUACAAGGAGCACAUUGCAAUGUUCGUGCAGCACGUGGGCGAGUUCAACGCCUCCAGGAUGGCGGAUUUCGGGGCCGCACUCACCACUGCGGACGAACCGACACUCCAGUCGGUUCUGGAAGAGCUGGAUGUGGGAAAGCGCCUCUCCCUUGCGCUUAUGCUGCUCAAGAAGGAAUUAGAGCUCGCCAAGCUGCAGGCCAACAUAGCCAAAGGCGUGGAGGAGAAAUUGGCAGGGGAGAGCCGCAGAUACAUGCUCAUGGAACAGCUCAAGGCCAUCAAGAAGGAGCUGGGGCUGGAGAAGGAUGACAAGACUGCACUCAUUGGACGCUUCAAGGAGAAGCUUCAGCCGUUUCAGCAGAACUGCCCGCCAGCAGCCAUGCAGGUGAUAGAGGACGAGAUGGCGAAGCUGCAGGGGCUGGAAGCAAGCUCCUCUGAGUUCAACGUGACGCGCAACUACCUCGACUGGCUCACGUCCAUUCCCUGGGGGCACUACAGCGAGGAGAAUCUGGACGUGGUGCGGGCGCAGCAGGUGCUGGAUGCAGAUCACUACGGGCUGACGGAUGUGAAGGAACGCAUUUUGGAGUUCAUUGCUGUUGGGAGGCUGAAAGGCAGCACGCACGGCAAGAUCAUCUGCCUGGUGGGGCCGCCAGGAGUGGGAAAGACGUCCAUUGGUCGCUCCAUCGCCAACGCCCUGGAUCGCAAGUUCUACCGCUUCUCUGUGGGAGGGCUGUCUGACGUGGCAGAGAUCAAGGGUCACCGCCGCACGUAUGUGGGCGCCAUGCCCGGCAAGAUGGUGCAAUGCCUCAAGUCCACAGGCGUUGCCAACCCUCUCGUGCUCAUUGACGAGAUCGACAAGCUGGGUAGGGGCCAUGCAGGGGACCCAGCAGGAGCGCUGCUGGAGAUGCUGGAUGCGGAGCAGAAUGCGUCGUUCCUGGACCACUACCUGGACGUGCCUCUGGACCUCUCCAAGGUGCUCUUUGUGUGCACAGCCAACAUGCUUGAGACCAUUCCUGCGCCCCUCUUGGAUCGCAUGGAGGUGAUUCGCCUGGUGGGGUACAUUUCUGACGAGAAAACCCACAUCGCUCGAGGGUACCUGGAGCCUGCUGCUCGCACUGGGUGCGGUGUGAAGCCAGAACAGGUGGGAGCUAUUCUAGCACACGCUUUGUAG